AUGAUGUUGAAUUUAUAAUUGUAACAACUUACGAAAUCUAAAUAUAAUAUCGAUUUUUCAAUUCAGAAUGAUUACUUAGAUAAUUUAAUAACAUUCAUAUAGAAGUAAUAUAGAUAGUUAGUACAACUACUAUAAUCUUUCAUAGACUUACAAAAAUAUGCUCAAAGUUAUUAUAAAUAGAUCAGAUUUCGAGAUAGAUUACAAUCAUUUUGUCUAUAUUUAAAAUAGUGGUAACUACUGAAUAUAUUUAUUAUCGUUUUAAUCAUAUAUCUGAAAAUAUGUUUGAAACUUGCAAUUUAGAAAUUGAAGGAAUUGAGAAUCAAAAGACACAUCUCUUAUGUAAAUGUAAAGCAAUAGGAAAUUUGUUUUUAAUAAAAAUUUGCUAAUAAAAGAACAACUUUCAUAGUACUACAUUUGUAAAUAAAUUUCAGUUGAUUUUAGUUAAUUUCAUUAUUUGAGUACGCUUUCCUAUUGUUUAGGGUGGAGUUAUUUUAUCAUUAUUUUUAUUUACUGUUUCCUAUAUUUUAAAGGGUACAACUGUUAAGAGAUUAUUGACAUGGAACACACUUAAAGUACAAGGUAAGAUUUAGACUUUGGCUAGAAAGAGUUAAGAAGAAAAUUGUAUAUCCAGGUCAUAUAUAUAUGUUUAAGGCAUCUUUCAAAAUAAAUUACUAAAUUAUACAGUAGUUAAUCCAUUCAUUUUUGCAAUUUUUUCAGCUGAAGAAAGCAACCUUAACAAAAGCUUUAGAUUUUACAAUUUAGUAAUUAAAUAUGCAUUUUAAUGUUAAUAUCUGUUUAGGAAGACUUAAUCUCAAAUUUAGUAGUCUUAAAUGAAAAAAUUAACCUCCUUAUUAUCUUAGGCACUAGGGUAAUUUCAAAGAUAUUUAAGCAGUUUAUUUGUUUCAAGGCAAACUUCCUAUAGCAGAGAGGAUAUUGUAUCUUUGCCUUCCUCUCAUGUAUUUAUUCUUUACAAUUUUUGUAUAAAAUUGAAUGUAUAUUAAUAUCUCAUAUUAAAAAAUAAAUAAGAUUGUCAUGGAUGUGCCUUUAGUUUAUUAAGCUUUUUAUUUUAGUGUUUUUCAUUUUUAGCCGAUCACAAUUUUUAUAAGAAUUGUUAUAUAUAAAAUCAUUUUUGA